AUGCUUCCAACCGAUCCUGGCGCAUCCUCCAUCACCGUCGCGGUACGAGUGCGGCCCUUCACAAUUCGAGAAGCCGCUCAAGUGGUGAAGAAUGACGAUGGCACUUUGUUCCUCGGCGACGGGUCUCUGGCGGCGGCACCAACACCAAGCCUGAAGCAGCGCGGGAUCCGAUCUGUGAUCAAGGUGGUGGAUGAACGAUGCCUUGUGUUCGAUCCCCCAGAAGACAACCCCGUCCAGAAGUUCUCUCGAUCGGUCGUGCCAACAUCUGGCAAGAAGGUCAAGGACCAGGUGUUUGCCUUCGACCGUGUCUUCGACGACAACGCAUCCCAGGCCGAUAUAUACGAAGGCACGACUAAAAACCUUCUUGAUAGUGUCCUGGAUGGCUAUAAUGCAACUGUGUUCGCAUAUGGCGCCACAGGAUGCGGCAAAACACACACAAUUACCGGCACUGCACAACAGCCCGGUAUCAUCUUCCUGACAAUGCAAGAACUUUUUGAGAAGAUUCAGGACCGCAGCGACGAGAAGGUCACCGAGGUCUCCCUGUCAUACCUAGAAAUUUACAACGAGACAAUCCGCGAUUUGUUGGUGCCGGGUGGCAGCAAACAGGGCCUCAUGCUUCGUGAGGACUCCAAUCAAGCCGUCACUGUGGCAGGCUUGACCAGCCACCAUCCCAAAGACGUGCAGGAAGUCAUGGAUAUGAUCGUCCAGGGCAACGAGUAUCGGACCGUAUCUCCAACGGCGGCCAAUGCCACUUCAUCUCGUUCACAUGCUGUACUUCAGAUCAAUGUGGCCCAGAAAGACCGCAACGCAGAUGUAAAUGAACCGCACACAAUGGCAACACUCAGCAUCAUCGAUCUUGCUGGCAGCGAGCGAGCUAGCGCCACGAAGAACCGGGGAGAACGCCUGCUAGAAGGAGCCAACAUCAACAAGUCACUCUUGGCUCUGGGGAGCUGCAUAAAUGCACUUUGCGACCCACGGAAGAGAAACCAUGUACCCUACAGGAACAGCAAACUGACUCGACUUCUGAAAUUCUCUUUGGGCGGAAACUGCAAAACAGUCAUGGUCGUUUGCGUCAGUCCCUCUAGCGCUCAUUUCGACGAGACUCAGAACACCUUGCGAUAUGCCAAUCGCGCCAAGAAUAUCCAGACCAAGGUCACCAGGAAUGUUUUCAACGUCAAUCGACACGUCAAAGACUUCUUGGUCAAGAUUGAUGAGCAGAUGGCAAUGAUCAAUGAACUAAAGGCGCAGCAGAAAGAUGCCGAGAACAUCUUCUUCGCAAAGUUUCGCAAAAAUCUCGAGAAGCGGGAGGUUGCCGCACGAGAGGGCGUGCAACGAAUUCGCGUGGCUUAUGAGAAUUCCGUCAGUGAGCGGCAGGCCAAGAUCAACACGAUGAAGAAGCUCAAGGUCUUCGAGAGGAGAAUAAGCCUGCUCUCUGCUUGGAUUGCGUCGUUCGAUGCGAUCUGCGAUGCAAGGGAAGACGAUGAUGCCAUGCCACCUAAUCUCACUGCCAUGCGCAAGACAGCACAAGGCAUCCUUGUUGAGUUGGAGGCCAGUCGACAACACAUCCAUCAACAGCUGGAGCGUUCUAACUGGGAGCGUGCGAUCGAUACAGCUCUUCACCAUAGCAUAACUCAACUACCUACAGGGGAUGGCAUCGCUGACUGUGGUGAAGCGGCUAGCUUGACUCGAGAGACCGAGGUUCUAAAAGCGAAUUUCAUGCGCGAAGCAUAUCAACAGGUCUUGGAGCAGGAGAAGGGCGCCGAUGCUGCCACAGUCCAGGUGCUUCUGACCGCACAAUUUGAGAUUCUUGCUUCGUUGGCCGAGACCUUGGCCAUGGAUGAGGCGGAAGCGAUCGCUCAUGCCAGGAGUAUCAUCAACCGAUUACUCGAGACCGGUCAUGCUGCUGCUUCCCAUGUCAUCAAACCAGAUGGCUCGGUGGCUCCAGCUGAGAUGUUCCCUCCAUCUAAACGAGGCACACCGAAGAAGAAGAGGACAUCAGUAGCACAUGUGAAGCCCGUCGCUGCUCCCGCUCUAGCAUCGAUGUCCACCUCGCAGCAACAAGCUUUCGUAUCACCGAUGAAGUCUUCGCCCCGUCGACGAAAGGUUCUGAAUGCUCGGAAGGGAGUAUCGUUCACACCUGUGAAAAAGAAGACGCCAACGAAGCGGGUGGUUCGAUGGCGUGACGACGAGACGGAGGAGGGCACCCUGGCCGACUUUGAGAAGACACCACAGAAGCCGGCCUUGACAGGUCCCCGAGGAAACAUCGGAUUCAAGCCCCUCGCUAGUGGUUCCAGAGCCGUCGACCCUCUCGCUAGCUAA